UGUUCAAUGUCCAUCUUGUGAACUUGGCAACUUGUACGUAACAGCAACUAGAUUCACUAAACGAUAUGAUAUCGUUCUUCUCGAAACUCUCGUUGAAGAACUCAGAAAAGCCGGCUGAAGAAUUAGCUAAACCUGCGUAUAUGGACAAAAGUGCUACAUUGCAGGAGCUCGGGUAUAAAGACGAUAAUGACCUGAGAGAGACAAUAUAUGACUUUUUGCGGACAAUACGGGAUCCAGAGAAGCCGAGUACGUUAGAGGAUCUCAAGGUUGUUUAUGAAGAGGGAAUAUUUGUUAAAGAGCCCACAGCUGACAAGGUUCCUGUUUUGCGUGUGGAGUAUAAUCCCACAGUGCCUCACUGCUCGCUGGCGACGCUCAUUGGACUAUGCAUUAGAAUCAAAAUAUUGAGAUCAAUACAUCACCCUGUGAAAUUAGAUAUAUUUAUAAAGAAGGGAGCUCACACGACAGAAGAUGAAAUUAACAAGCAAAUCAAUGACAAAGAGAGGAUUGCAGCCGCGAUGGAAAAUCCUAAUUUAAGGAACCUUGUGGAAAACUGCAUCGCUGACGAAGGAUAAAAAAGUAGUAGAGUUAAUAUAAAACAUUAGAUCGAGUUCGUA